AUGAAGUUCAAACAGUUAUGAAAGAUGUAUUAGUGUAUGUAUGAAAAUUUUAUUUUCAGGUAAAUAUUUUAAUUUGACAAAAGCGACGUGCAUUGAAACUAGAAUGGAUAGAAGGGAAGACGUAACAGAUAAAGGCGAUCAAUAUGCAAAGCGUAUGUUGGACCGAAAAAAGGAACACGGCCAAUCAUCUCAGUAUUAUUCGAAAAGUUUACGAAGACGAUUGAGUAUCAUGAGAGCGAUAAAUAAAAGUAACAUAACGCCGCCUUCGGACUUUCAUUACGAGGGUAAUCCGUUCGAGAAGGAGUUCGCAAACACGAGCGAGAGCAUCACCAUGUACAAGGAGGCUGAGGAAGGCAACUUGGAACCAACGAGACGGCCCGAAAACUCGAGGCACGGAUUCAGUAACGACUUGUCCUCCCGGACUUACCGCAUCGACUCCCUACCAUCGGAUCGCGAGCUUUGCUCUACUGGUGACAGCUCCACCUGCGACAAGUCCCCGACAGACACGAACUCGGAGCAUAUACUCGACUAUCGACAUCCUCCCAGCCAAAUCACUCGAGGUCUGCUCGGCGAGUGCGACUCCUGCGGAAAUCCUGAUGACGAGCCGCUCCAGGAGCCGAUAUGUGGGACAAGACUCUCGAUCGGAGAGUACUUUGGAGCUGCUUCUCAUGGAGAGUUGAAUGCUUGCACUCAACAUAUCGUCAGCGAAAAGUACGAGGAUGAAUUUGAGGAGAUGAAUGGACAGUUGCAGCACAGAGGUCCGGAUCUAUUCUUCGGUGCUCGAGUUCUGGAAAUCCUUGAGCCGGAAGUGGUGAAAGUAGAGCGCGUGAGCGCGGAGCCCAGAGUUUCAAAUCGGCGUCGAGCAUCCGAUAUGACGUUUAUUCAAGAAACCUUCAAAGGCCUUCAGCUCGAAAAUCCAGACGAAUCUCUGACGACUUCUUUAAUGUCAGAAGACAUGAAGGAACUCGAUCGGGAGAUGGAAAAACUAGAUUUUCAAUCGAAUGAUGUUUCGCAACAGUCACAGCAGUCACAGCAAAUCAUAGUGGAAACUCCAAAGAGGAUGUACCCGAAUUUAUCACUCGUCAAAAGAAUGUCCAACAAUUUUUCAUCCGAUAAUCUUUAUUACGUGAACGAUGGUGAGAAGAACGACAAUAUGCCUGGUACUGACUUCAAUUCUAACUUGACGGAAACUUUCUAUGACUUCGAGAAGCCGUCGAUUGCCGAAAAAGAGAGCUUCGCUACGCCAAUGACAAUGCCAGACUCUCAGUUAAAAAAUUUGAAGAAUUAUAAUCGCCAUGAAUCCAGCCAGUCCGGAACACUGGGUAUAUCAUUUCUUAAGCGAAACGCGAGUUUCAUCUUAAAUAAUCUGCACGUACCAAAAGUUAUGCGUCGCAAACCGAAUCUCGAAUCAACGCGAAAGAUUUACAACGGCGAAGGGAAAAUAGCAUCGCCGAGGUCCCAAGAAGAAAGCUCUAUAUCGACUCUAACACUACCGAAUACGCCCUCGAGUCCAGAUGGUUACGAGUCGUUAGAAAAUCCUCAGCAAGAACAACAGCACCAACGGCAACAACAACAAUUACAUACGCAAAUGCAAAAAAGCAUGAACGCGACUCUACCCUACGAAGUAGAGAAUUUCUUAGAGUUAGCACUUGGAGACGAGCGUUACAAUUCAACAAUUACAUACGCUAAUUCCGACACGAGGGAAAUAAAUGCCAGUGAACUUAUAUCUGAAGAAAUAAUGCAAAAUAUGACUGAAAGGAAAAAAGUGAUGAGAAUACCGACAACUGAUCAACCAAAGCACUCAAGUACUUUAAACAGGACACUUUCGAUAUAUAAGACCCUCACACAAAGAAUAAAAAAGAAAUUCCGAGGAAGCGUAAAGGAUGAGACAAAGUCAAUGUGCAAUCAGGAAAUCCUGCCGAGCAACGUGAACCCUGAACUGCGAGACAAUGUGAAGAAAUUACUGGACGAGGUCGAACUUCAGCAGACACUAAUUUAUCAAGCGAGCAAAGCUCUCGAGCUUUGCAACUCUAUGCGAGAAUUCAUAGCGAGCUCCGAGCGAGUAGAGUCUGAGCGGCUUCUCGUCCUAGCGAGUCUGCGUAAGAAAGCCGCCCUCGAGGAGAUUCGUCGGAUGAUCGGUCAAACGUGCGACAUCGAACCUUGCCGCGAACGCGCCGAAGUUAUCCUAAAGGAGCUAAGCCUUCAGCUGCGCGAGGACGUCCUGAGGCGGGAGCGUCAGAACGGCGAUAUCGUCGAAUGGUUCGUCGUUGUCAUAAGCGAGGGCCUGACUGUCUGGGCGACCCACGCCGUCGCCUGUCCUAUUUCGAGUCCACGUCUUUAUUUCCCCGGGCAGCUCUUGAUUCCCAGCCUCAAGCCUGACUUUCGCCUCUCCCUCAGGGUCUACAGCCUCAAACUCCAGCAGAUACUCUACAAUCACGAAGACAAAUACCACAUAACGCAGAGUAUCGCCGGGACUAAAAACUCAUCCUGUCCCAUAUCGAAGAAGCUGCUGAAAAGAAGCUGGAGAGCUGAAAAAAAAAAGUCCGCGAUAUCUCCGAAGCAAUACGAAAUCAGGUUCUCGGGCGUCAAAGAAUCAGCCUUCGUCAUGUGUGGCAGCAUCGACUUUGUUCUUCAAGAUCUCAGUCUCUCAUCGCCAUGGCCUCUAACCAGAGUCCCAACAAAGUCCGUGCUUCAAGGGACGAUAGACCUGAGUCUCUCGUGCAGGCUACAACUAUCCACCCUCCAUGCCGGCUUCCUGACUCACGGAGACGAGGCGGGCGGCCUCGCCGCCUGGAACCGACGCUGGUGCGUCCUCGAAGGUCACAACCUCCUCUUCUGGAAUUACCCGCGCGAACAGGGCUGCAAGCCGCCGCUCUACGCGAUCGACCUUGUGAACUGCGUGUCCAGGCACAUCGGCCUCAUCGAUCGGAGCUUGUGCGCCAGGACACGGACACUUCUCGUCGAGACGAUCAGAAGACGAAACGCUAUUGAUCGAGACAGUAUUCUCGUCGAGUGUCACUCCACCUGCACAAUCCUCAGAAAUUUGUUAUCAUGCGAUACCAAUCAAGAUUUAAUAGAGUGGCAAUCAAAACUAAAUCAUGUAGUCUCUGCCUUACGUGAAUGGAAUAUCAUAAAUACAAAAUCCUUACCAGAAGUCAGUGAUUUAUAAAAGGAUACCAGCCACUUUUUAUAAACAAACAAUGGAUUAAAAUGUUCAACACAA